UUCAAUGGCGGCCUCAAAAAAGUAAAAAUUCUAAAACCGAAGAAAAUAAUCCAAAUUUCACUCGGCUCUUUGAUUGUCUGCCUCUUCUCGCUCGACUGUGAAAAUCCAUGGCGGGUGCGGUCUCCCUCACACUCUCCUCCGUUCCCAAGCUUUCUCUAAAGCCACUCCUCUGUUCAUCACUUUCCACUCCAUUUCCCUCUAAGCACAAAAGGCGUAAAAACUAUUUGCGCCCCAAAAUCCUCACUAAACCUUUCCCUUCUUCCACUUCCGCCAUUCCCAUAACCCCAUUAGAAUCUUCACCCGUGAAGAAACCACUCGACGUUGUCGUUUUCGAGCCUCCCUCUGAAGAAAUCGAUGAAUUUGAACAAUUUCAGGUUUCUGAGUCAUCGGGUGUUACUGGAGAAAACAGUGGUGUUUUUGGUAAAUUUUCAGCUCAUUCCGUUUUGAAAAUUGGGUUUGGUUUUGUUGGCAUUUUUGUGUUUCAGACAUUAAUUUCUGUUUGGAUGAUGGGAAAUCGGAAUUCUCAGGAUAAAGAUGGGAACUUGAAUGGUUUCCAGAGGGAUAGUAGGAGUAAAAAUGGUAAAUUUUUGAAUAAUGGGAAAGUCGGAUCAAGUUCAAGUACGAAUUUUUAUUUUGAUGAAUCCGAAUUGGAUGAAAAGGUUAAAGAAAUUAGAGCCAUGGCUAGGGAAGCACGGGAAAUCGAGAAAAAAGAAUCGAAAAACGACGAGGAAGAAGGCGACAUGCUUGAUGAAGCUUUGAAUUCUAACUCGAAAAUGGGGAUCGAAAAAGAGAUUGGUGCUAGAUUGAAUAUGUUAGAGAAGAAAUUGAAUUCUAAGAAAGAGAGCUUUCCAGGGUCGUUUAUAGGUUUAUUGGAUAAGUUAAAGGAUGGUGAAGAUGCAAAAGAUGUUAAUAAAAAGUUGUUUGUGAAGAAGAAGUUUAAAUUCAGAGGGCCUGAAAAGAUUUCUAGCAAUGGCGGAAAGGGUUUUUCCGGUUUAAAGAACGGUAGCAAAUCGAGCUAUGAUAAUGGUACAGCUACUAGAGUUUCCGGGAUUGAGGAAGUGGAUGAUGGAAAGACAGUAGUGAGUCAAAACUCGGAUCCCUUGCCGAGUGAUAAAGAGAAGAUUGAGGAGAAAUUAGGAUUGUUGCACGAUGACACGAGUGUUGGUUCAGAGAUCAGUGAAGGAAGAUUGUCUCCUGAAAUUAUGAAAUCAACGAAGUCGAGAGAUUUGAAUACACAGAACCUAAAGAUAUUUAGAAAAGAGAAUCAGGAAGCUAAAACCGAAUCUGAUAAGCACGCUUCGUUGCAUACUUCAGAAAGAAGAGAUGCUAGCAACAACAAGCCACGAGCUGACAAAGUCGAGGUUAACCAAUCAGGCAUCAAAACUGAUCCAUGGUGGCUGAAACUUCCUUAUGUCCUAGUAAUUCUCAUGCAACGAGGUGAUGAUCCGGAUGGACUGGGAGGGCUUUUUACCUUCCAAAUAUCCUCCGAAGAUCAGGAAGAGGGUGAUACUUAUUGCGCUGUUGCAUUUGAGGAUCGCGGUGAUGCCAAUAACUUCUGUUAUCUUCUUGAAUGUUUCUUUGAAGAUCUAGGUGAUUUCAGUGCUGAAGUUGUUCCUAUGUCUGUAAAAGAACUUCGUGAAGUGGCAAAAUCUCAUGCCAAGGAUGUACUUGUUGUUAAGAAGGGGCAGCUUAAGCUUUAUGCAGGUCAACCAUUUUCCGAGGUUGAGAUGGCUUUGCAGUCUAUUGCAAACUCGGAAUAGGCCGUCCGUGUAAGGAAUAAAUCAGUUACACACAUAUUUCCAGGGGUUGAAGACCGAAGCUGAUGAACAUGUGAUGCCACUUCCUGUUGGUUCUCUUCGAGCUUACAGAACACGUCUUGAUAAGAAAUGUCAGAGACCAGAGUGGUCGAA